GGGCCGAGCUAUGCUUCUUUCGAGGCUUCUGACGAGCUCCUCGGCCCUGUUUGUCUUGCUCAGCCGUCUGAGCCAACUCGGCUUGAAGGUACUCGAAGCUGAUAACAUAAAGCAUUGUCCUCGGUACCGGAUGACCCCGCGCUUUGUGAGGGAGGUGAACAAUGACUCGCGACGGGAUGGCGAAGCGAGCUUCGAGGCUUGCACAAUGAGCGACCAAUGGGGCUGCGCACACUCGGUGUUGAUUCGUGGUCACUAACGCAGUCAGCCGAGUCCUCCAGCACACAUUAGCCACCAAACACGAAGUUCUUCUGUUCAUAAACUCAGGUCGUUAACGUUCGGGCCACGAGCCGCGGACGGCCGCUUCGCUGCGUUUGUGACGGUAGUGGGCGGCUCCGGUCCCCAGAGACCUGCGGCCAACCCGGCAGCUGACGGGAGGGCAAGUGUGUUCCUUUUCC